AUGUUAGUAAGACCUGUAAUGAUGGUGUUACAUUCACUUUGGAUAGUUAUUACAUUGCAAGAAAAAAGUUGGAUUGAAAAUAAAAAAAAAUUAGCUGAAAUUGAUCGAAACAAUUCAAGUUCAAAUGAUGAAAUGCCAAAUGAACUUAUUCAAGGAACAGCUUUCACGGCUGGUUUAUGUCCUCCAUCAUUAGCUGUUCGUUCAUUAUUCAGUGUAAACUUUUGGAUAUUUUAUUGGAAUCUUGAAUAUCAACGUAUUAAAUUAUCUCGAAAUCUUCCAGCAUAUUUAACAAGUCAAGGUGCAAAAGUUCCGAAUACAGCUCAAAUAAUUCCUGUUUUAACAAAAAAAUUUUAUUUAUUUGAUAAUGAUAAAAUAAAUAUGGAAAUCAUUAAGUUAAGAUCAUUAAUAAAAGAUAAACAUUUUAUUAAACUUUCUGAUUAUUACAAUGAACUUAAUUAUCCAAUUGAUUUUAUGAUUAUCUAUAUUGAAGAAGCUCAUGCAUCAGAUGGAUGGAAAUUUGAUCGCCCUAAAUAUAGUUUUAUUAAAAAUCAUAAAAAUAUUCAAGAUCGAUUGAAUGCAGUUAAAAUGUUAAUUGAAAUAACUAAUAUCACCAAAGAAAAUCAUUUAUCCAUUUAUUCUGAUACAAUGGAUAAUCAUACAAAUCAUUUGUUUCGUGCAUGGCCUGAAAGACUUUAUGUUUUACAUAAUGAUCAAAUAUUAUAUCAAGGUCAGCCAGGGCCUAGUGGCUAUUCAAUUCCAACUUUAGAUUAUUUUUUAAAAAGAAAUGUUAAGAAACAAUAA